CAGCGAGAUCCGCUCUAAUCCCGCCUCUCGUCAUGGAAACCUUGUUCUUCAGCCAAACCUCAGACGCUUUGACCUACCUUGCUGUGGGUUAAGAGUGAACCAAUAGAAUGACUGGGAUAUCGGAUUGACAGCACUGCUAUCCAAUGAAUCGCCGCGAAGUCUGUUAAUGGGCGGGCCUUGUUAAAUGUCCUUUGCAAAGUGGCCGAGUGAAGGGGACGAUAGUACAGGUGGUGAAGCAGCAAUGCAGUUUUACGUGUCUCGUCUUCUGCUGAUGGUGACCCGGGCUGCUCUGAAGGUAUCUGGUGUGCUAUUCUGGAUACUAGUCUAUGUUGCAUCUCUUUUGGCAGCAGCCUCCUACCUGCCUGAUGCUCUGAGGCUCGUAGCCAAGGGACCUUUCAGGGCUUUUCGUUGGAAGCCACGUAAGAUUGCCCCAGCCUGCCUAACAAGCAGCAAGCAUGGCCAACACGGGCACGUCCGCAUAAAGAAAUCGGGCAUACGCUUCCAUUAUGUGGCAUCAGGAGAAAAGGGUAACCCAUUAAUGCUUCUCCUGCACGGCUUCCCUGAGAACUGGUACUCUUGGCGAUACCAGCUGGAUGAGUUUUCCCAGGAAUACUGGACUGUGGCCGUAGAUCUAAGAGGAUUCGGGAGCUCGGACGCUCCUCCGGAACUGCGGGAUUACCGAAUGGAGACGCUACUGCAGGACAUCCAAGAUCUCAUAACUGGACUAGGGUACUCAGACUGUAUUCUAGUGGGACAUGACUGGGGGGGCACCUUGGCAUGGACCUUUGCCGUUCGUCACCCCGACAUGGUGUCUCGACUCAUCGUGAUGAAUGCUCCUCACCCGUCGGCCUUUCAUGAUUACGUGUUGGCUCAUCCAUCUCAGCUCUUCUCCUCCCGUUACGUCUUCCUUUUCCAGCUCCCCAUCCUACCUGAGAUCCUCCUAUCAUUAGGUGACUUUGAGUACAUCCGGAAACCACUGGUAGAUGCCAGUAUGGGGAUUCAGAAUGAGGAGCGGAGGCUGAGCAAAGAAGAGAUAGAGGCCUUUAUAUACUUCCCCUCCCAGAAAGGAGCCUUGACUCCUGCACUUAACUACUACAGAAACCUAUUUGGAUUCUUCCCAGUGAAAGCCCAGGAUGUUCUUGUGCCCACACUGCUGCUCUGGGGGGAGAAGGACACUUUCCUGGAGGCUGCCAUGGUCCCAGAAAUGAAGCAGUACGUCCAUGCCCCCUUCCAGGCGGAGAUUAUACACAAUGCCAGUCACUGGCUGCAGCAGGACCAGCCAGAGGCGGUGAACAGGGUCAUGUGGGACUUUCUAAGACAGGAGAUGCCAGUGUCCACUCACUGACUGUAUAUAGUGUGUACAUACAAUAGACUGUAUGGAGGAGUCUGCUGAUCCGCCUCUGCUGUAUAUAGACAAUAACUGCAUCUAUAGCUUUUAUAGAGAGCCGUAAUGUCUAUAUAGGAUUACUGACUCUAUAUAGUGAUUAAAAGGGUACUCCACUGGCCAGCAUUCAGAACAUUUAGUUCUGAACACUGUGUGCGCACUGCGAGGGUCGGCCAUGCCCCCUCGUGAGGUCACACCCUGUCCCUCAAUGCAAGUCUAUGGGAGGGGGCGUGACCUAGAAUGCAUAUAUACCAUUGAGUAUACAGAUUUGCUGAUCCAGCAAUAAUUUGUGUAUAUUUACAUGAAACUGUAACUUGUAUAUAUAUAUAGAGAUCUGAGAACCCACCUUUAAUUUGUAUAUAACAUUAUUGACUGAACUUGUGUAUAGAGAUCCAUUAAAGGGGUAUUCCGGGCAAAAACAU